AUGGAAUGGCAAUGGCAAAUGUCACUCUAUGUGUGCUUCGUCGACUUUGAAAAAGCAUUUGACAGCGUAGACAGACAGACAAUCUGGGACAUCUUACGACACUAUGGUAUGUCAGAGAAGAUCGUGGGCAUUAUUCGAUUACUCUACGAGGAGUUUUCUUGCCAGGUCAUCCAUGCUGGGAGAUUGUCGGAGGAAUUCAGGGUCAGCACGGGAGUCAGACAGAGCUGUUUAUUGCCACCGCUCCUGUUCCUCGUCGUGCUGGACUGGGUCACCAGGACGGCCUACGCUACCUCCGGCAAAGGUAUUCAGUGGACACUGAUGAACAAGCUGGAGGACUUGGACAACGCAGAUGAUCUCGCGCUACUGUCACAUCGCCUGCAAGACAUACACGAUAAGGUAGACCACCUGACAGAAACUUCACGGCGAGUGGGCUUGAGGAUCAGCCGGGAAAAGACAAAAGUGCUGCGUAUCAACAACAAGUAG